CUCUGAGAGCGCUGGUCGGAGGCGGGGAACGGAGGGUUUCGCUUGGCCGGUGAUGGGGCUGAGCCCCUCUGAUUCCCCCAGGCGCCCCUGCACUGCCUCUGCUUGGUUCUGCAUCUGCUCGCUGAAGAAGCUGAACAGGCAAGAGGAGUCUCGUCCCCUGGGUGCAUAGGUCCCCGUUGGCCGAGGCUUUUGAGUCCUAACCGCCACAGCUGACGGCUGCGAGGGAUUGAGACCAGAAAAUGAGUUGCACAAUUGAGAAGGCACUUGCUGAUGCUAAAGCCCUUGUUGAAAGACUGAGAGAUCACGACGAUGCAGCAGAAUCUCUGAUUGAGCAGACCACAGCUCUCAACAAACGAGUAGAAGCUAUGAAGCAGUAUCAAGAAGAAAUUCAAGAACUUAAUGAAGUUGCAAGACAUCGGCCACGGUCCACAUUAGUUAUGGGAAUCCAGCAAGAAAACAGACAAAUCAGAGAAUUGCAACAAGAGAACAAAGAAUUACGUACAUCCCUGGAAGAACAUCAGUCUGCCUUGGAACUUAUAAUGAGCAAGUAUCGAGAGCAAAUGUUUAGAUUGCUAAUGGCUAGCAAAAAAGAUGAUCCAGGGAUAAUAAUGAAGUUAAAAGAGCAGCACACCAAGAUUGACAUGGUGCAUCGUAACAACUCCGAAGGAUUCUUCCUUGAUGCAUCUCGACACAUCCUUGAAGCACCUCAACAUGGACUGCAGAGGAGACACUUGGAAGCAAAUCAGAAUGAAUUACAAGCACAUGUUGACCAGAUAACUGAAAUGGCAGCAGUAAUGAGGAAAGCCAUUGAAAUUGACGAGCAACAGGGUUGCAGGGAACAGGAACGAAUAUUUCAACUUGAGCAAGAAAAUAAAGGCUUGAGAGAGAUCCUUCAAAUAACUCGAGAAUCAUUUUUGAAUCUUAGAAAAGAUGAUGUGUCGGAAAGUACAUCUUUGUCAGCAUUAGUGACCAAUAGUGACCUGAGUCUGAGGAAGAGCUGAAGAGCUUUUAAGUCUGUGAAUGAAUUAACAGAAAAAUCCAUCUCAAGCUGCCCUUUGUUUUAUUUUUUUAUAAUACGUACAGUGCACUGGCAAUGACAUUUUUAAAAGAUAGCAACAAGAAAAUGCAUAGUUAAUGGUCAUAGAUGUUAUUCCAAACUAUAAUUGAAAAAUAGAAGCUAAGCCUUUGUUAAUUGGUGAACAAGUUAAAGAUUUUCACAGUGACUGCUGAAUGUAUCAAGAGCUUUCAGCAGUGCUGUUGGCUUUCUGGUUGACACUUGGAUAAACAUGAAUAUCCCCAACAAAUGUCUGGGAAUUAAUAGAAACAUCCCAAUUUUAAAAUACAAAUUUUGCCACAGUAUUGUGAAUGGAAAAUCGUCAUACUAAAUUAUAUCCUCCCUAUAUGGUGAAAGUUAACAAAUAGCUUAUGUACCAUGAGACUUCAGCUUUAAUGAUUGCCUAUCUACCUUCUCAUUAAUUUAAAUUUUUGUCAAAGAAAGUUCAGUUUGA